UGGAUUGCAUCAUAAUACUUAUUGUUGGGGUUGUUAUUAAAUAAAAUGUAAAAGCCCAAAGGAGUAGUAAUAAAACCUUCAAAGCCCAAAAAGAGAGUAAAUAAAUGGAUUUGAAGAGACGCCGCCAAGGCACAACAAAGUCAGCAGGAGCGCAGUAUUUAGGGCAAACAAAAAAUCUUCACUUAUCAAGUAAGGGGCCACUUCAGUGACAAAGCGACGCCACGUUGACAUUGUUCCUAUCUCUUUCUCACUUCAUCCCUUUUCUACGAGAUUACACGUCAACUUCUAUAAAACGCAUACUUUACUAAUAAAAUAUUAUCAGCUCGCCACCAAAAUCCAAAAAUAUGACUCCCCAGGACCAAAAGAGUGUGACCAACGCCGCCGGCGGCGGAGAAAUGGUUAGAGAAGUGCGCUACAGAGGGGUAAGGAAGAGACCAUGGGGAAAAUACGCAGCCGAGAUCCGUAAUCCGAUAAGUAAGAACCGAAAGUGGCUUGGGACGUUUAACACGGCGGAAGAUGCAGCCAGAGCUUACGACUCCGCGGCAAGAGAGUUUCGUGGCUCCAAGGCAAUAACCAACUUCCCUCUCCCCGGACACGGCAGGGGUGCUUUGGUGACGCCAGUGAGGACAAUUCCACCUGGUGCUCGGGAUGUGGAGAUAUCCUUUUCCUUAUCGGAGCCUGCCGGUGCUCAGGACGUCUUGUCUCCGGCUGUAGCGGAAGCAGUUGCUGGGUUUUACCUAGAUCAGCCGGAGGCUAUUGAGUUGAGAGAGGAGCUGGAUCGAGUUUAUCCACUCGGGUUUGAACCAGAUGAUAUGGGGUUGAGUAUUGGUCUUGAAACCCCCGUGGAAGUCGAGCCAGAGUCUUCAUCAGCCGUGGAAGUCGAGCCAGAGUCUUACUCAGCCGUGGAUGGUAACGUGAAUCUAGACCUUAACUUAGGUGCCUAAAUGUUAAUUCGAUAUUAACAAAUUAUCCUUUUUUUCAGUUGUUUUCUUGGAGAACUUUGUACUGUUGAUUAUUGUAUGGCUCUUCUUUUUGUGUGUACUUUUUAUUGGGUAGAUAUUCAUUGUCUAUUGGUCUGUUAAACUUUCAAGAUGAAAUGAAGAAGCGAGAAUAAGUAUUGGUUUUAUCAUUUGCCCCUUUUCCAUAAUGCAUGUAUGAAUUUUUUGAGACGACUUCUUAUCCUAAUAAGUCUUUACCAUUGGGCUUCGUGUUGAUCGGGUGAUGAGGUUUUAGUGUCAGGUAGGUGGCUCGUGUGCUUUUCGCCGUCACAAUGACACGUGGAACAACAAAACUAUCUUACUUCUUGUCUUUUAACCUACCCACGCUCUCCCACGUUGCUGUGAUGAGGCAUCUCUGACUUCCCACACAAACACCCCCUGCCUUUUCGAUUGUGUGCUAUAGGAGAAAGGUUAAAUAUAAUCAAAGGAAAAAAAGAAGACUAAUAUUUGUUAAAUGAUAGAUAUUCAAUAGUACAAUGACAAACCGAUCCAAACAUCUCUAACACAUCAUGACAAUAUGUAUAUAGUUAUACGUAUAUGUUUGUGUUCCAUCAUAUGUUAUUAGAAUAUGAGUAAAAAUAACAUAUGAGUAGAAAAUAACAUACUUUGGUUAUUGAAAUAUCUUAUCUUCUUCUUCCUC